GUGCAAAGCUAGAAACCGGCACUGCAAGAUUUGUCCCGCCACCAGACACUUCAGGUCUGGAUCGCUAAGUGGGCGUCACUUUCCUUUCUACUACACUGGAGACCCACGUUCGGAUCCUGCCCUGGAAGGAAGAGAAAGGCCGGGAGCGCGAAGGCAGGAGGAAUCCUUUCCUCAUUUCUAUCUUCCUCUUUUCUUCUCUCUCUUACACCUUUCAAAAAUGGCUCCAAUCCUUCGUUUUGGAGCCGAGGAUAAGAACAUGUCCCGAGAAGCCCUCGCACCUUUCUAGAAGCCUCUCUCACCUGUCGGACGGAAACCCGGGGCGCCCUUGCAGCCGGUCCGCACGGAGAGGCCCCAGCAAAUACUUGCAGCCGAGAAUGAGAGGGGCCGUGGGAGUCACAGGGUCACCUCUCCCGAGGAUUGGGCAUUCGUGGACUUCUCUUCUUGGGUGACCGCUGGUGCCAGAGGAAAGCGUGCUGGGAGGGCGCUGCCGUCGGGCUGUGGGGCUUGUUCCUGGACAUUGCCCUGUGCCCCGGGGCUGGGAAAGGGGAGCCCACUGCCCCCGUGGAGCUCCCCCCAGUCGGGGGGCCAGACAAUAAACCUGCACCGUACAUUGUGGCUCGCUGGACGGCGUUAACAUCUAUGGAGAAACAGGAGGGAAGAAAGGCAGGGAAGCCAACGUCAAGAAGGCUUUUCUCCGACAAGGAAGCCACGUGAGGUUUCUGUGCAGGAAGAGGAAAGAAGAGUUGGGGUAGAGUAGACGUGGACUCCCAGGGACACGACACGACAGGACAGGGUAGCAUUGCCCCUCGGAGCUGUGCUCUUUGUGGAACAGACUGCCACCUUUCGUGGGUCAGACCACCAGCCUUUCUGUUUGCAGCCACGCUCUUAAUCAUGGUGCCACCAGGUGGCUGCAUUUUUAUGAAAUUAUAAUUGUAUCACAGAGAGUAACAAGACUAAUUCAAAUACAAUGGAAAAAGAUCAACUGGAAGAAGCCUCUGAUGCUCCCCCAAAAGUUUUGGAUUCUGAGGUGAUGUCGGUGACAGGUGAACCACCUGGUUCUGCCAGAAGAAAGGAUGAAACAGCCCAAGAUAUAGAAGUAGAAUCCAUCCCAGAAUAUGCAGAGCUACAACUCUCCCUUCUAGAAGUGCUGAGAAUCUCAGCGGUUCUGGAGGAUGCCACCGACCAGCUCUCUAUUCUAAACUACAUCAUGCCAAUUCAGUAUGAACGAAGUCAGAGCACCAGCUUGAAAAGCAGAGAAGCAACUUUAGAAGAAAAAAGUCCAGAUAAAGCUCAAGUGAUGUCAGUAACCUCACAAAGAUCUAGUCCACCUGUGCCUGUGGAAGGACCAAAGUUGCCAGGAAUCAGAGAAGAUGCCAUUGCAGUGGACCCCAACAGAACGCAGGACUUUGUCUUCAAAAAACCUAUAAGGCAGUCUAUAAUGACAACAGAGGCACUAAAGAAAAUUCAGAUAGAUAGGAAAGGAAGAAAACAAAUAAAAACCCUUCAAAAACAACUACUUAAUGCCAAAAAAGAACGUCAAAUUGAACUACAGAAUCGGAAUGAAUAUAUCGCUCACCUCAGGGACCAGCUCCAAGAGAUGAAGGCCAAAACCAACAUGGAGAAUUGUUAUAUGAAGAAAAACACGGAGCUACAGAUCACCCAGACCCAUAAAAAAUGUGCCAGAGCAGAGGAACAGCUGCUGGAUGAGAUUGAGGAAGCACAUACUCCUGAUGUGUCUUUGCCAUCCUUGCAGAAGCUAAGGAUGAAAACUGAAGAAGAGAACCGGAUUCAUAUGGAGAUCGAAGCUUUCCUUAAAAAGGAGCAGCAGAAACUUGAAGAGAAGCUGGAGUUCUGGAUGGAGAAAUUUGAUAAGGACACAGAAACCAAACAGAAUGAGCUCAAUGCUCUCAAAGCUACGAAGGCCAGUGACUUAGCACACCUUCAAGAUCUUGCAAAGCUGAUAAGGGAGUAUGAGCAAGUCAUCAUUGAGGAUCGGCUCGAAAAGGAGAAGAGCAGGAAGAGGAUACAACAGGAUGAGCUGGAACUAAGGAGUGUCAUAAAGCUCCAAGCCUGGUGGCGAGGCACGGUGGUCCGGAAUGAAAUUGGCUCCUUCAAGUUACCCACGAAGGACAAAGACGACAGCAAGGACUCCAAGGGGAAAGGCAAAGACAAGAAGCAGCAGAGAGGCAAGAAGUGACCGCGCGCUCCCGUCCUUCCUCUGAGAGUUGGGAAUGAAAACUGGGAGGAAGAAACAUCUGUAACUAGCACAGUGCUCAUCGGUAGCAGGUUCUUCUUGGACACGCCUAGGCAGGAACUGGCGAUUGGCCUGUCAUGCUCAUGCGCAAGCCCUGAAUGAGGAUUAACUAUCGAUUGAGGGCUGCCUCAUAGUUUGAUUUAAUUAUGCUGGGAAUAAGUGUUUCUAGCAGCCUUAUACUCUCACCAAAAAGAAAUGUCCCCAGGCUUAGUGACAAAGAUGUAUUAUCUCUCGUUAUUCCUGCAGUCUCUCAGAUUCUUACUCCUCUACAGUCAAAAAGCUCUUGCUCCUAAAGCAAGAGAGAUGGGUUCAAUAGAAAUGAUUUGUAAGAUAUACAUAAUAUUUAAUAAAUUCUGGCCUCUGUCUAUCUUU